AUGCACCAUGUGCUGAUGUUGUUGUUGUGUCCAAUGCCAAUGAUGAGUAGCCAGGUGGUGAAGAGAGAGAGAGCAAAACUCGAAGCUUGCAUGACAUGUCCACUCUGCAAUAAACUCUUCAGCGAGGCCACAACCAUAUCCGAAUGCCUUCAUACCUUUUGCAGGAAGUGCAUAUAUAAGAAGAUAAUAGAUGAAGAGGUGGAUUACUGUCCAAAAUGCAAGGCUGAUUUAGGGGUUUCUCCACUGGAAAAACUCAGGGCCGACAACAAUUGGGAAGAUAUAAGGGCCAAGCUCUUCCCUUCUGACAGAAAAAAAGUCAACGCAGCUGCAGACCACAAUGUACAAGAUAUAAAGGAAAAGACCGUCCCUUCUGAAACAAAAGAGUUUAAGGCACCUGCAGACCACAAUAUGCAAGAUAUAACGCCAAAGCUCUUUCCUUCUGAAAGAGAACAGGUUAAGGCACCUUCUGUGUCCUCAGUAACAUUUCCAGCUAAAAGAAAGGAGAGGUAUUUGUCUUCAUUGGUGAUAAGUACACCUCGAGUAUCGUCCAGCUCUGAUAUGAGUGGAAGAAGAAGGUAUCCUACAAGAAGGAGUUUUACUCUACAAGAGUCUCUUUCCAUUCAGGAGCCUGAGAAGAAAGAGGAAGAUCUCCUGGAGAGACUUAACUCAUCAGGGACUCCAAAGAAAGAUGCAGUAUACACCAGACAGAAUUCUAUUGAGGGAUCAUCCAAGCAACACAUGGUUAACAAGGGUGUGGAGGACAAUGCUCAACCAGGGGAUGGGAAAGCUAAUUUGUGGAAACCAUUAAACCGCCUGGUGGAAGGUGCAAGCAAUACAAGUGCUGACAAGCUUCCUGUGCAACUUCCUGCUGCCGAAUCAGUGUUGCCUGAUAACGUCAACAAAGAAACACGUGAGAUUAAGGCCAUUCUGGAAGAUGAUAACAUAUCCAAAGUCCAUGGCAAUGAAAAUGAAUCUAAUCCUGCACCAUCAGGUUCAGUGACAUUUAGGAAAGCACAACGUGGCCGAAAAAGAAAACCAGCUGCAUCCCAGGGACUUAAUAUUUCAGCACAGUAUGUCAUUGAUGCAAAUAAUAAAUGCGAAAGAAGAUUUAAGCCAAUUUGGUUCUCUUUAAUUGCUUCCAAUCACCAGGACGGCCAUGCGCCCUUGCCACAGAUACCCUCAUGCUACUUGAGAGUCAAGGAUGGCAAUUUACCUGUUUCUUUCAUAAAAAAGUAUCUGGUAAAAAAGCUGGAGCUUACUAGCGAGGAUGAGGUGGAGAUCUCAUUGCAAGGUAAGCCGGUAAUUCCUACAUUGCAGCUGCAGAACUUGGUGGACUUGUGGUUACGGACAACACCAGCAUCACAAAUAAUACAGACCUCCCCAGGAAGCUCAGCAAAGGAAUAUGUGAUGGCCCUCACGUACGGUCGAAAAAUGCAGCUCUGGUAG